UUCUUUAAUUUUGGUCUGUUUUUUUAUUUCUGCUUAGGUAACAACAAGUCAAUGAGUGAAGUGAAUUACUCUGAGGUGUCUGAAUUUGUGUUCCUGGGACUCUCUACCUCUAGACCAAUGCAGCGUUUCCUCCUUUCCUUCUCUACAGUGUUUUAUGUAACAAUCAUCCUAGGAAACCUCCUCGUUGUGUUUACAGUGAUUUUUGACUCUCAUUUGCACUCUCCUAUGUACUUCCUGCUAGCCAACCUCUCAUUUAUGGACUUGUGUCUUUCUACCUUAACCGUCCCUAAGAUGGUCUCUGACUUGUAUUCUGGGCAAAAUACCAUAUCCUUUCUGGGGUGUGUCAUCCAGAUUUUUGUACUUCACGUACUAGGUGGAUGUGAGAUGGUGCUGCUCACCGCCAUGGCCUUGGACCGAUACGUGGCCAUAUGUAAGCCCCUCCACUACCUGACCAUCAUGAGUCCACGGAUGUGCAUUUUGCUUCUGGUUAGUGCCUGGGUCAUUGGUCUCAUACACUCAGUGACCCAGUUAGCUUUCGUUGUCCAUUUGCCUUUUUGUGGCCCUAAUGAGAUAGACAGUUUUUACUGUGAUCUACCUCGGUUUAUCAAACUUGGCUGCAUGGACACCUACAGACUAGAGUUCAUCAUUACUGCCAACAGUGGGUUCAUUUCCAUGGGAACGUUCUUCCUACUGAUUGUCUCCUACAUCUCCAUCCUGAUCACUGUAUGGAAACGUUCUUCGGGUGGCUUGUCUAAGGCUCUCUCUACCCUCUCAGCUCACAUCAGUGUGGUGUUUUUGUUCUUUGGACCAUGCAUCUUUGUCUAUGUGUGGCCAUUUCCCACAGUGCCAGUGGAUAAAUUUCUUGCCAUUUUGGACUUCCUGAUUACCCCCAUCCUGAAUCCUGCCAUCUACACAUUGAGGAACAAGGAUAUGAAGAUGGCCAUGAGGCGACUGAGUAGUUGGCUCUUGAGUUUGAUGAAGUUCUCCUGA